AUGGCCCCCGGAAGUCAGCAGGAGAAAUUCAACCUCAUCAUCGUCUCGAACCGCCUUCCUCUCUCCGUCAAACGCUUCGACGGCUCGUACCAGUCCAGGCUUUCGAGCGGAGGGCUGGUCACGUCGUUGUCUGGUUUAACAAAGUCAACCGAGUUUCGUUGGUUUGGCUGGCCCGGUAUUGAAGUCGCAGAGAAGAAAGAUCAAGAGAAGGUAGCGAAGAGCCUCGACGAGCACAAUGCCGUCGCGAUCUUCCUGGACACAAACCUGGCAAACGAGCAUUACAAUAAGUUCUCAAAUUCAAUCCUCUGGCCAAUCCUGCAUUACCAAUCUGGUGUCGUCUUCGACGACGGCCCAUGGCAAGCCUACAAGCGCGUCAAUGAGCUCUUCGCCGAUGCCGUGGCUGAGGAAGCCACAAAGGGAAGUCUGAUCUGGGUCCACGAUUACCAUCUCAUGCUAUUGCCGAAGCUGCUGCGCCAGCGGCUCAACAAGCACAAACCAUGCGCCAUCGGGUUCUCCCUGCACACGCCGUUCCCCGCAGGGGAUUUCUGGAGAGCGCUUCCUGUCCGCAAUGAUCUGCUCGAGGGGAUCCUCGCGAGCGACCUGAUAGGAUUCCAUACGGAUGAAUACAAGCAGAAUUUUAUCCAGAGUUGUGCUCAGGCGCUAGGGGCUUGUACGGAGAUCCCCGGCAGGAUCCAGUAUAAGGAUCGUCUAGUCGAGGCGGAUAAGUUUGUUGUGGGUAUUGAUCCGCAGAAGUUCACAGAUACGUUGAAGAAGCCGGAGGUGCAGGACCGAAUCAAGCAGCUGGAGGAGAAAUACAGCGGAAUGAAGGUCAUCAUCGGUGUGGAUCGACUGGACUACAUUAAGGGACUUACGCAGAAGCUGAAGGGUUACGACUACUUCUUGGAUCGCGACCCGGAGCUGAGGAACAAGGUGGUGCUGAUUCAGGUCGCUGUCCCGAGUCGCGAGGAUGUCAAGGAGUAUCAAGACUUGGAAACGGAACUCAGCACGAUAGCAGGGAAGAUCAACGGGAAACACUCUACGCCGGAUGGAACGCCUCUGCUCUAUAUGCAUCGCUCUGUGCCCUUCGACGAACUCACGGCGCUCUACUCCAUUGCGGAUGUUUGUCUGCUCACUUCUACUCGAGAUGGAAUGAAUCUCGUCUCGUUUGAAUACGUUGCGUGUCAGGAUGAGAGGCAUGGUGUUCUGGUCCUCUCCGAAUUUGCAGGUGCUGCGUCCUUCAUGAAAGAGGGCAGUGUUAGCUUCCAUCCUGCGAACACAAACGAGCUGUCAGAUGCUAUCUACAAAGCCGUCACAAUGGGUGAGGAAGAGAGGAAGGAGAAGUACCAAAAACUACGGGACUUCAUUGAGACCAAUACCAGGUGA